CCCUCUGUAUUUACUAGACAAAUUGAUGAAUUGGGAAAAAUUGAUAGAACGCUUAAAUCUGAGGAAAACCCAGUAAAAACAUACAUCCUGUUUUCACAGCCAGCGCUCAGAAACCACAAUCCCUCAACCUCUGUGUCCCGCUUUUAAAACCUAAACAAGGGCAUGUUUUCUGUUUUCUACAUGCAGCUUCAGAGCAAGCGCUCGUAACCGCAUCCGGAGACCUUUGAGAAAGCGUUGCGGUCUAGAGCAAACGGAGUCGCGAGUAGAGGAUUAAAAAUUGAGAUAUGAAAUUCAAUAGUAUGUAUUAAUAUAUGAAUUCAAACCUAUAAAUAUUACAGAAUAUGUGAUAGAGAGUAGUUAUGAUUUUCCAUCCGUCCAUCCAUCCAUUUUUCCGUACUGCUUCUCCAAACGGGGUUGCAGCCGCGCCUGGAGCUUAACCCGAGAGCCCGGGUCACGAUGUGACGGGGUGACAACACAUUGCAGGGCACAAUCACACACCACGGGUAAUUUGGACACGCCAAUCAGCCUACAGUGCAUGUUUUUGGACUGGGGGAGGAAACCGGAGAACCCGGAGGAAGCCCCUGAAGCACAGGGAGAGCGUGCGGGCUCUGCGCACGCGAGGUGGAGGUGGGAGGAAAUCGUGCUAAACACUAAUCCACCUUGCCCCCAUAUUUAUAUGUAUUAAUAUAUGAAUUGAAAUGUAUAAAUAUUACAGAAUAUUUGACAAGGUAGGUAUGAUUUUAAUAUUUAAAACAUUGUUUUAAAAGUGGAGUAUUUGGAGUGCUAGUCCUGGGUUGGUUAUGAGGUGUUUUUUUGUUGUCGUAUUAUUCUUUUUUUCCCUUUUUUUUAACAGACUUGGCAACCCGAUUACCAGCUAUUUUAAGAGGCCAAAAAAAAAAAAGUCUACAGUGUGAACAUUUAGUUGGAGACAUUUCUACCAUCUCAUAUCUACAGUCAAUAAAGCAUUUGCAAAACUGAAGCUGUUUUUUUUGUUUGUUUGUUUGUUUGUUUGUUUGAGGUGUAACUUCUUACAGUUUACACAUGUAAACAAAGCAGUUUCAGGUUAAACUGUAACAAAGCAGUUCUGGAGCAGAGUGCAGAUGAUUAUCAGGAAGACCUUUGCCAAAAAGUCAUGGCUCAAAUGCAUGUUUACACACACCCCUGAUCUAAACACAUACUGGAGUGGUUAAAGGGACGUUAGACCAACCGGUUCCUGUUCCUGGGUGUGAUUUGAGGCUUUGGUGCAAACAAGAGGCACUUUAUGGAUUGAAAAAGCUGUGUGAAGUCAGUGUCAGUCAAAAUGCUCAUGUACAGAGUGCUGACUUUGUAUUCAGUGCUGACUUUUCUGGAUUUGAUCUCACAACCUGCUGCAGCUCAGUCUUGUGAAGGUCGCUGUGGUGAAAAGUUGGCGUCCUGUACCUGCCACCCGACAUGCGAGACCUUACUGAACUGCUGCCCGGACGUGAAACAGUUCUGCCUGGACAUCUCACCUCACUCCGGUUCUCUGCUCGGAGGAACCGACUUCAAACUGCUCAACGUCAAGUUUGAUCAGAAGGUCAACCUCACCUGCAGGUUUAAGUCUGAGAUCACAACUCAGGGCUACGUGGAUGCAGAAGGCGUAGGUCACUGUAUCUCGCCCCUGCUGUUCGAGUCCGGCUGGAUCCCGUUUAAGGUUUCCACUGACGGACUGAACUAUAACCGAGCUGGACGAUGGCUCUCAGUGCACCACAGUAAGCUGAGUGCGGCGUAUAAGCUCCUCCUGGUGAACGGGACUCAGUGGCAGUAUUACGGUACGCCGGGCGUCGGUGGGAUUCUCCUGAUGGUGUGGAAUUCGUCUCUAAUUAAAGCUGAGAGAGUAAACCUUGAGCUGUGGGGCUAUGACGAGUUCGGAGAGCCGUAUACCGAUCGAUGGAGGGCCGAGUGGAAGUAUCUGUACUCUGUAGGGAAGAACGUGAGCAAUAACGGGGCGUUCAGCUUCGUCCCAACACCCAUGGAAAUGCCGCUGGCGCUGUGGCACAUGGGCAGCAUGAGGGUCAGUCCAAGCACCGAACCUGAUGGAACAUGGAACGUGAACGCUCUGUGGAGUGGUGAUCAUGCUCUGGCUUAUCACCUGGAGGACGCCUUCAGGAAAGAUUCUGCAGCCUGGGCUUUGGAAAAGUGUCUGAAGUGGGAUGGAGAGGAAAAUCUGAUGCCCAGUUUCCUGAAUGAGAUCAUCGAUUGCCCCUGCACGCUGGCACAAGCCCGAGCCGACACCGGCAGGUUCCAUACAGACUACGGCUGUGACAUCGAGAAAGGCAGUAAGUGCACUUAUCAUCCAGGAGCUGUGCACUGCGUUCGAGGCAUUCAGGGCAGCCCGAAGUACGCAGCAGGUCAGCAGUGUUGUUAUGACAAAACCGGAGCUCAGGUUCUCACCAGUGACUCGAUUGGGGGAAGUACCCCGGACCGAGGGCACGACUGGGGGUCACCGCCGUACAAAAACCCCCCCAAAGUGCCAGGUUUCUCCCACUGGAAAUACGACGUGAUCACGUUCUACUACUGCUGCCUGUGGUCGGAUAACUGCGAGUAUUAUUUCACACACCGCCCGUCCAGCGACUGCAGGACGUACCAGCCUCCGAAAGCAGCCUCUGUGCUUGGUGAUCCUCACUUCAUCACGUUCGACGGUUCCACGUACACCUUUAACGGUAAAGGAGAGUACGUCCUGCUUCACUCACCGGAGUACCAGCUGACAGUGCAGGGCAGAACUGAGCCAAUGAAAUCAGAGAACGGUAAAAUGACUGAAAAUCAUCUCUUUCUGUCACCGUGUAAAAACCUCAGUGUGACUCUGUGUUUGUGGCAUAAACAACGAGUGCACUUUUUCGAGAUUGUCACAUCCGUUUCCCUUCAAGGCUCUGUCGUCAUGGCGACGCGUCUCUCCUCGGUGGCCAUGAAGGAGAAUAACUCUGACGUCAUCGAGGUGCGUCUCGCGGAUAAACCGGAUCACCUGCAGGUCUUACAGAACCGACAGGUGCUUAGUUUCUCUGAACAGACCUGGAUGGAUCUUGAAGGUGUGUUUGUGUUCUCGGCGGUACCCCAGAACGUCACAGUGAUGUUCCCCUCAGGCGCAGGGCUGGAGAUCCGAGGUCGCGGCGGGGUCAUGACCCUGACUGUUUUACUGCCGCAGGAGUUUAAGAAGAAGACGCAGGGCCUGCUGGGGAAAAUGAACGACGAUCCUGAAGACGAUCUGACCUCCAGCGACGGGACGGUUGUGGGCGGAGACAGCAGCGCUCAGGACAUUUUCACAUUCGGAGCAGGAUGGGCCAUUACAAACGAGUCCUCUCUCUUCACCUACGACUCGGAGCACCUCCUUAACGAGUACUACUUCUCCCCGAAGCACGAUCCGUCGUUCAUCCCGCAGUUCUCCGUGAGCGAAGAUGCGUCCGACCCGCUCCUGAAUCCCACGCUGAAGAUGUGCGUAGGGGACGGAGCUCGGUUCUGUAAAUACGACACGUUAAGCACACGAAGUCUGGAGCUGGGCAACAACACGCUGCAUGCCGUGCGCGCUCACGCGGCCACGACGCAGGACCUACAGCCUGUGGUGUCCUGUGGCUGGAUCCAGCCGCCCAAACACGGGCAAAAAGAAGGAACGCUGUAUUUGGAGGGGGCUAAUGUCAGAUUCUCCUGUAACCAUGGUUACCGCCUCUACGGCUCACAGGAGCGCGUAUGUCAGGAAGACGGACGAUGGUCAGGAGGGGAUACACACUGUGUUUCAGACAACAUUUUGGGAAUCGUGUUGGGCAGCGUCGGUGCUGUCCUCACUGUGGUCGUCAUGGUGAUCGCGAUCGUCCUCUACACCCGGAAACAGAAGAGAGAAAGGAUGAGGCAGAGAGAAAACAAGGCAGUUUAUCAACACAACACUGCAAAUCUGUGAAACCCCACAGCUGCUGCACUAACACUCCGUUAUACUGUCAGAUUUCAACGCGCCUUUUAAGCGCAGCAGUGCACUAAGUGUAUUGUGAAAAGAUAUUUUUUUUGCAGAUUGCGCUGUCGGUAUCGAUACCCGGCAGCCGCAUGUAUAAAUUUGCGCUGGUUUUAAUG